CAAACAAAAAUAAAAAUUAAAUUAGAACCCUAGCAAGAUCCACCGUCACCAUGAACCAGUACCAUAUUUACGAAGCUAUUGGUCGCGGAAAAUACUCAACCGUGUACAAAGGCAGGAAGAAGAAGACCAUUGAGUAUUACGCCAUCAAAAGCGUAGACAAGUCGCAGAGAAGCAAGGUUCUUCACGAAGUAAAGAUUCUUCACUCUUUAGAUCAUCAAAACGUGCUCAAGUUUUAUGAGUGGUAUGAAACUUCUGCUCACUUAUGGUUAAUCUUGGAGUAUUGCGUUGGAGGAGAUUUACUUUCUAUAUUACGGCAGGAUAACCGACUUCCUGAAGAUUCAGUUCAUGAUCUUGCUUACAAUCUAGUCAAGGCUUUGCAGUUUUUACAUUCAAAUGGAAUACUUUAUUGUGACCUUAAACCAUCAAACAUCCUACUAGACGAAAAUGGGUGUGCAAAGUUAUGUGAUUUUGGAUUGGCUAGAAAGGUGAAAGAUAUAAAAGUUGCUUCUGCGUUGCCUCAAGCCAAACGUGGAACACCCUCUUACAUGGCUCCAGAGCUUUUUGAGGAUGGCGGAAUCCAUUCUUAUGCUUCUGAUUUCUGGGCCCUAGGCUGUGUAUUAUAUGAAUGUUAUGCUGGGAGACCUCCUUUUGUGGGAAGAGAAUUCACUCAGCUUGUAAAGUCCAUCCUUUUGGAUCCAACUCCUCCUCUCCCUGGUAAUCCAAGUCGACCAUUUGUCAAUUUAAUUAAUUCUCUGCUGGUGAAAGAUCCAGCUGAGAGAAUACAAUGGCCUGAGCUUUGUGGACACGCUUUUUGGAGAACCAAAUACACUUUGAUGCCCUUGCCUGCUCAACCGGCAUUUGAUGAUAUGAUAGAGCUACAUGCUAAACCAUGCUUAUCAGAGCGAAACGGUGAUAAGUCCUCUCAUAACAGGACCCCUCCAAAAUAUCGUGAAAAAGAUGUAAAGGGGGCGGUGAAGAAGGAUGAGAAUUCAAUUUCAGGGUCUAGAGGCAUGGAAACACCAAAUAGGGCAACACCUAAUAGCCAUAGAACACACACAAAGGGUUCUGGCAGAACAGUUGAGGUGAAGCAAAAGGAUCCUUCCAAUAUUGGCAAAAGAGUGAAUAUUUUGAGGUUGUCAAGAAUAGCAAAAUCAAAUCUACAUAAAGAAAAUGACAAGGAAAAUUACAGGCGUCCCUUACCUAAUAAUGCUGAGAAUGAUUCUGAAGUCAAAAUUGAGAACACUGACAUGGAACUUGAUUUUAAUGAGAGUACAGAAGAAGAUGCACCGGAAGAAGCAGAUGGCUCCGAACAUACAACUGUGUGUGAUGAGAAUCAAGGGAAAGCAGAGGAGUUUGAGAGCAAUAUUAACCACCUGGAUGCCUCACCCGUUGUUGACACACCUGUCUCAAAUGAUCCAAGAUCAUUAGAUCACGAGUCAACCCCUGCGCAUCCUGACAUAUCUGUUAUUUCUCCUAGUGUAAGCCCUCAGGUGAAGAAGCAUAGAGUUAAAGAUGACGCAGGAUCUGGUCUUGACUCAGAUUCUUCAAGGCCAUCUAACAACCUUUCCCAGGUUCUUUGGCAUGCAUCUGAUCUCUCAGUUAGACCAGUAAUGCCGAGCAGAAAAGUUGAUAAAGUCUCAGAAACUAUUCCCUCACUUCCUUUUGAAACUUUGCAAGCAGCUGAUUUUGUCAAGAUGCCAAAAGAGCAAUUGGAGGCAGUCCAAAACCGAAUUAUAACCAUUCUGAACGGGAAUACAAGCAUUGGGGAGAAACAGAAUGUGAUUAGGUAUCUUGAGAGGUUAAGUAGUAAUGCUGAUGCAGCUAAUAUAUUGACCAAUGGCCCGAUAAUGCUCAUGCUUGUGAAAUUUCUUCGUCAAUCCAAGGCAUCAGCUCUUCGUGUUCAACUUGCUUCACUGAUUGGUCUGUUGAUUCGGCAUUCUACUGUCGUUGAUGACAGUUUGGCAAGUUCUGGAAUUUUAGGCUCAUUGACUGAUGGCCUUAGAGACAAGCAGGAAAAAGUGAGGAGGUUUUCCAUGGCUGCUUUAGGCGAGUUGCUAUUCUACAUAUCCACUCAAAAUGGCGAUUGCAGUAAGGAUAACAUUCCACUUGAAUCUCCAUCAAAGGACAAUAGGACUACAUGUGGCUGGCAGGUUCCAAAUGCAUUAUUAUCAUUAGUGUCAUCAAUGCUGAGGAAGGGUGAGGAUGAUAUAACUCAACUGUAUGCGUUGAGAACAAUUGAGAAUAUUUUCAGUCAAGGAGGGUCGUGGGUGGGACGUUUAAGCAGUCAAGAUGUCAUUAGCAAUCUUUGCUAUAUCUAUAGGGCAGCAGGGAAACAAGAGAGCAUGAGGCUUACUGCAGGAUCAUGCUUAGUGCGCUUAGUUCGGUUUAACCCUCCUAGCAUUCAGUUGGUUGCGGAGAAACUGUCAUUCAAGGACCUUGCUUCAUCCCUUGUCAAGGGUAGUCCAAGAGAGCAGCAAGUCAGCCUAAAUCUCCUUAACAUGGCAAUGCUUGGAAGUCACAUGUUGACAAAUAUUGGAAGAUACCUCAUACCUCUUGCAGAGGACAAAAAUUUGAUCCCAAGUCUUUUGUCUCUCGUUGAGCAGGGUAGUGAAAUUCUAAAAGGAAAGGCACUUUUCUUUGUGGCUCUACUUUGUAAGCAUGGUAGGAGGUGGCUUCCACACUUCUUUUGUAGCCAAAAGCUACUUUCUGUGGUGGACAGGCUAGGAAAAGAAAAGGAUACAUAUGUGCGGCAGUGUUUAGAUGCAUUUGUCAACAUUGUGGCAUCUACUAUUCCCGGUUUGCUAGAUAUAAUAACUGGAGACAUCCAACAAAUGAUGGGUGGAAGGCGCCAUGGACACAUUUCGGCUCUUACCAGCAGAUCUGCUCCAAAAACCAACAUUCAUUUGUUUCCGGUUGUCCUUCAUCUUGUUAGCAGUUCAACAUUUAAACACAAAGUGGUUACAAUUCAAGUCCUACGGCAGCUGGCCAAUCUAAUUAAACUCAUUGAGACACCGUUUCAGGGAAGAGAUGACUUCCAAAUAACCCUUCUUCGCAUUUUGGAGUCUGUCACAGAGGAAUCUCGCGUGCUUUUCGGCAAUCCGGAUAUUUUCAUACGUGAAAUACUCCCCAGUUUGACAGUUCUCUAUAAGGGUAAUAAGGAUGGCGAUGCUAGAUUUUUGUGUCUUAAAAUCUUUUUUGAUGCCAUGAUUAUUCUUUUAAGUGAACCAAUUGAAGAAGAGCAAAGAUUGAAGGAUCUGAAAUCCAUAUCAAACACCCGCUUUCUUCCUCUUUAUCCAACUUUUAUUGAAGAUGAAGAUCCUAUUCCCAUCUUUGCGCAGAGACUUCUUGUCAUGCUACUAGAGUUCAGCUUUAUUACAAUUCCAGACAUUCUACACCUUAAGAUAAUUUCACAAUGCUUUGAGUUUUUGCUUGGUGAUCUGUCAAAUGCAAAUGUGAAUAAUGUUAAGCUUUGUCUGGCUCUGGCUUCUGCUCCUGAAAUGGAGACCAAGUUACUCUCUCAAUUGAAAGUGGUUAGGAGGAUUGGCAACUUUCUAGAAUUCGUAUGUGCAAAGGAGAUGGAAGACUUGUUAGAACCAACUCUGGGGCUGUGCAUGGCAUUUCUAGCACGUUCAGUCACCUGCGGAAAAGAACCAACACUCUUAGGUGACUGUCCUCCUGAGGUGAGUGGUGUUGUUGAUCCCCAACAAUGCAUUAGAGACAUAAUGGACUUUGGAAGCAAUGUUGGUGUCAUGCUAGCCUUGAGUGCAUCUGCUAAAACCAACAUUGCUGACAUAGCUUCCAAAUGCGUAGUUUUACUUCUUAAGGCAGCUCCUCGAGAAGCCACCACCGGUCUACUAACGAAUCUCCCCAAGGUCAGUGUGAUCCUCGAAUCAUGGAAUAGAGGAAUCUCUCACCUAAUUGUGCAGCGAAUGCUUCAUGCUCUAGGUUAUGCUUGCAAGCAGUACUUACUACAUGCAAUGAUAUUGUCAAUAUCCAUGCCAGAGAUUUCAAGAAUUGAAGUGAUUGUUUCUGAACUAAAGAGUUCAGGUGUUCCUGGUUUAGCCAAAACUGCUGCACUGGCUGCCUUGGAAUUGCAGCGGCUGCCACGCUGCAUUUGAAUAAUUUGUAGGUAUCAUGUUGAUGAUUGCCUGUUUCAGAUUCAAGUUUAAGAGUUGUGGUGAAUUCCACUCAGGCUUCAGUGUACUUCUAUGUAUAGUAUUUGUACUCUAUCAUAAACACACAAUAUAAUAUUAUUAUU